UAUUCGGCGGUCAUGUGUCUUCAGAUUCCUCGCCGAUGUUUCCUCUCCGUGUCGUUUUCUUUAUGAAAUUGAUACCACAACAAAGUUAGUAUUAUAUCUGCCUGUACCAAUUAUUAUACACAUUGUCAUGCUUUAUUAACUCGAUUUGAUAUUGGAAUUUUUUCCUUACGUGUUUUUUCCCCCUUCAUUUGUUACGUGAAAUAUGUAAAAGUAUUGUCGUUGAUAUGUUGCAGGAGACACAAACUAAGAAUCUCUGUUAACUUUAAUACUUUCAUUUUACAAUAAUAUAUAGUAAGUACUAUUUAUUUAUAGCGUUAGAGUUUGUAAUUGGAAACUCCAUUUGAUUCUCUUUAUUGAUUUUACAUACUUGAUACUUUCCCUCCUACUAGUAAGAUUCUUGGAACUGUUCAUUAUACGGAAUCAGUUUCAAAGCUACAUUUAUUGUUUUUCUUCCCCAUUGACUUUUUGAGCUUUCUUGGUGGUCAAAUUCACUGUUUUAAUUUCUAGUCAGCAUUAAUUUUGAGUAGUGUCUUGAGAUUUAGUGGGAAUAUAUAGACAAGAGUAGGUAUGUAUAAUGGAAGUGGGGCGGGAAGAGGAGGUAGUUUUAUGUAUGAGAAUGAAGUGGUGAUGACAAGAGACCCAAAGCCAAGGUUGAGGUGGACUGUUGAUCUACAUCAACACUUUGUUGAUGCUGUCACUAAGCUUGGUGGUCCUGAAAAAGGUUUUGGAUUUACAGAAGCAACUCCCAAGUCAGUACUGAGGUUAAUGGGCGUGAAGGGUUUGACACUAUACCAUUUGAAGAGUCAUUUGCAGAAGUAUAGACUUGGACAGCAGGCCAAGAAACAAAAUGCAGCGGAGCAAAACAAAGAAAACAGUAGUGGGGAUUCGUCGGGACAAUUUAAUUUGCAUUCCUCAGGCCCUGGUACCUCAUCAUUAAGUAUGAACUAUAUACAAGGAGAUGUUCCAAUAGCAGAGGCAGUAAUGAGUCAGAUUGAAGUUCAGAAAAGAUUACAGGACCAGCUUGAGGUGCAACAGAAAUUGCAAAUGAGAAUAGAGGCACAAGGUAAGUAUCUGCAAGUGAUAUUAAGUAAAGCUCAGAAGAGCAUUCCAGUGAACAUGAAUUCUCCUAGUGCAGUGGAAGCAACAAGAGCUCAGCUUACUGAUUUGGAUUUACCUCUGUCAAAUUUAAUGAAUUACACGAAUAGACAGAACCGGAAUGAUAACAUUAUCGGUAAAACAACACAUGAUGAUAAUAUCAAAGAGGAGCUACAAAGGUCUAAUUACAUUGUGGAGGAAGAACAAAAGAGCAAUAUGAAUCUUAACUUCGAUUUGAAUUCCAGAAAUAGCUAUGACUUUGUUGGUGCAAAUGCAGCCGUGUUGGAAGCCAAAGCACUUUCACAUGGAAGAUUGGAAACAUAGCACAUAGUUAAGCUACCUUUUUUUAGUUAUGCUUUGAAAACAUUAUAACUUGAUAUGUGAAGCUGUGAUUACUGAUCGUAUGUUAUUCUUCAUCUUUGUAAUUACAAAGUUGAUUUGUAAUGAAUAGAAAGUUAAAGAACAGUAAAUGAUAUCUGUUGUGAUAAGUAUUGCAGAAAUAAUAGAAGAUUAUCAUUGAUUGUUCUCUUCAGUACACAAGAUUAUUAUAGUACAUUAUUUGCUGUAAUUUUCUUUGAACUCCAAAUCAAA